CCGCGUCCAGGCCGCUCUACCUCAUCCUGGAUGACAACUUUUAUUACCAGAGCAUGAGAUACGAGGUGUACCAGCUGGCUCGCAAGUAUUCCUUGAGCUUCUGCCAGUUAUUCUUAGACUGUCCGCUUGAAUGCUGCUUGCAGAGAAAUCGGCUAAGAAGUCAUCCCUUGCCUGACCAGACAAUAUAUUUAAUGGCAAGAAAAAUAGAAAUGCCAGAUCUCAAGAAAAAUGCUUGGGAACAGAACAGCCUCAUUCUGAAAAGUUCUGAUUGCACUUCAGAGGAUAAGUAUGCUCCUGGAUUGGUGUCAGGGUUUUUCACUAAUGAGCAGAUAAUUAGUUUGCUGGCCACUGCUUUGGAGAAUCCAGUGAAGCAGAACGAGGAAAACACUGAGCAAAAG